GAAGCGCGUCGGCCAUUUUGCUCGGAAGGGGGCCUCGGCUUCAACACGUGAGAGAGAGGAGCCUGAAGAGACUGAAACAGUCCAGGAUCUCUGCCUCUAAGAGGAUAUUAUUCAUGUGUGAACCGGCAGAGGCAUAGGAAGCCAACACAAUGCCCACAAUCACUCUACCGCCGAAGGAGAAUGCUCUUUUCAAGAGAAUUUUGAGAUGUUACGAGCACAAGCAGUACCGAAACGGCCUCAAGUUCUGCAAACAGAUCCUGGGCAACCCGAAGUUUGCCGAGCAUGGAGAAACCCUGGCCAUGAAGGGUUUAACCCUCAACUGUCUGGGCAAGAAGGAGGAGGCCUACGAGCUGGUGAGACGAGGCCUCCGCAAUGACCUCAAAAGCCACGUCUGCUGGCACGUGUAUGGCCUGCUGCAACGCUCGGACAAAAAGUACGACGAGGCCAUCAAGUGUUACCGCAACGCUCUGAAGUGGGACAAGGACAACCUGCAGAUCCUCCGAGACCUUUCCCUGCUUCAGAUCCAGAUGAGGGACCUGGAGGGAUACAGGGAGACUCGGUACCAGCUGCUGCAGCUCCGUCCAGCCCAGCGGGCCUCGUGGAUCGGAUAUGCAGUGGCUUAUCACCUGUUAGAGGACUUUGAGAUGGCUGCCAAGAUUGUCGAGGAGUUCCGCAAAACGCAACAGACGUCGCCGGACAAGGUGGACUAUGAGUACAGUGAACUGCUGCUGUAUCAGAACCAAGUUCUGAGGGAGGCCGGCCUGCACAAGGAGGCCCUCGAUCACCUCAACAACUAUGAGAAACAGAUCUGUGACAAACUGGCUGUAGAGGAGACUAGAGGAGAGCUGCUGCUAAAGCUGGAGAGGCCUGAGGAAGCUUCAGAGGUCUACAGGAGACUCCAGGAGAGGAACCCAGAGAACUGGGCCUACUACCAGGGCCUGGAAAAGGCCUUGAAGCCAGGCAGUAUAGAGGAACGUCAGAAGAUUUACGAGGACUCCUGGGUGAAGUUUCCAAAAGGCCUCGUUCCCCGAAGGCUGCCUCUUAAUUUCCUCACAGGUAACCACAGCAGACCCUGUAGCAGCGCCGCAUGUCGUCCGUGUGUUUUCACGACUACUCAUCACCACAAACACCACUGCUGUGACAAUAGCUUAUGGAGUUUUACCCAAGUUACAAUCAUUGAAGAAUUAGUAGUUGGCUUUGAAUCCUGUUUAAAAAGCUGUCGAAUGUUUAGUGAAAACGAUGAUGGAAAGGAGGAGCCCCCCACCACCCUGUUGUGGGUACAGUAUUUCCUGGCACAGCACUUUGACUUUAUAGGCCAGCCCAACCUGGCUCUGGAGUACAUCAACGCGGCUAUCGACAGCACGCCCACACUCAUCGAGCUCUUCCUCAUCAAGGCCAAGAUCUACAAGCACGCCGGCAACAUAAAGGAAGCAGCUCGGUGGAUGGACGAGGCUCAGGCCCUGGAUACUGCCGACCGCUUCAUCAACUCCAAGUGCGCCAAGUACAUGCUCAAGGCCGGCCUCGUCAAGGAAGCAGAGGAGAUGUGCUCAAAGUUCACACGGGAGGGGACGUCUGCUGUGGAGAACCUGAAUGAGAUGCAGUGCAUGUGGUUCCAGACAGAGUGUGCCUUGGCCUACAAAGCCAUGAACAAGUUUGGGGACGCGCUGAAGAAGUGCCAUGAAAUCGAGAGGCAUUUUGUGGAGAUCACAGACGACCAGUUCGACUUCCACACCUACUGCAUGAGGAAGAUGACGUUGCGCUCCUACGUGGACCUGCUGAAGCUGGAGGACGUCCUGCGGCAGCACCCGUUCUACUACAAAGCUGCUCGAUCCGCCAUCCAGAUCUACCUGGCCCUGCAUGACAAACCUCUGACCGACGACAACAAGGAGAGCCAGGCAGACACCGAGAAUCUGACAGACAAGGAGCUGAAGAAACUGCGCAACAAGCAGCGAAGAGCCCAGAAGAAAGCCCAAUUAGAAGAAGAGAAGAAGAACGCAGAGAAGGAGAAGCAACUGAAAAACCAGAAGAAGAAAAAGGAGGACGAUGACGAGGAGAUAGGAGGGCCGAAAGAGGAGCUAAUACCAGACAAACUGGCCAAGCCAGAGAAUCCGCUGGAGGAGGCGGUCAAGUUCCUGAUCCCUCUGAAGAACCUGGUGCGCAACAAGAUCGAGACUCACCUCCUGGCGUUUGAGAUCUACUUCAGGAAAGAGAAGUACCUGCUGAUGCUCCAGUCAAUAAAGAGGGCUGUAGCCAUAGAGUCUUCCAACCCGUGGCUGCACCAGUGUCUAGUACGCUUCUUCAAAGGAGUGAGUGAGAGUGCAGACUUGGCGGAGGCGGUGAGGACGGUGCUGAAGCAGGAGAUCUCCAGGCUGUUUGGGGAGAGCAACCCUCAGAGCUUCAACAAGAACUACCUGAGCCAACACUCGAACUCCAUCCCACACCGACUGGCUGCUGCUAAGAUGAUGGUGUACCUGGAGCCCUCCUCUGAUAAGAUGGCCUGUGAGAUAGCUACGGCCCUGGAUGAGUCUCUGUCUGGAAGAAGCAUCCAGAUCUGUACUGAGGUGCUGGAGGCUUUGCGUGACGGGCAGCUGGGUGAGGGUCAGCAGAAGGCAGGUGAGGCUUACCGAGCUGCCUGCCAUAAGAUCUACCCCUACAGCCUGGCCUUCAUGCCCCCUGGUUACCAAGACAACAGCACCACAAUCAGUGCCAACGGCGACCUGUCGGCAGGAGAGCACGAUGACAUGGCAAACGAAAUGUGAGCUUGGAGGAGGAGGAGGAGGAGGAGGAGGAAGUGGAGGAGGAGGUGCGAGCACGCCGCCAGACGCCUUAGUCCGCCAACACACCCAUUUCCCCAAACCCCGCCUUCCCUCCAGUUCCUGGGCUAUGGCUGCUGUGAGUCGCCCCCACAUUGCACUGAUCUGGAUGGACUGAGCGCCACAGGAGAGGCAGGAAAGGGAGCUGGCACAUGGAAGAAGAUGAUGCCCAUUUAACUUUUUUUAAACAAUAAAAAAGGCCCUGUCCACAGUUGUUCUGUAACUGAAGAAACGGAUGAAUACAGUAUGGGGAGGCAUGAGAGGAUUCUGGGAAAAAAAAUGGACAUUGGCUGGGUUAAGAUGGCUUCUGUGAACACAGUCUAGGUUUUCUAUAACUCCUGUGUUUUCACGCCAUGUCCUUCUUGUAGGUGCAUCUGCUUCUCACCUUUUUAAAAGUAAUUUAUAUAUUACAAACUGACAAAUGGAUUAAUAAAACAAUGUUUGCAAAACCAAACA